CCCAACAGCAAGUGCAGAAACUGUGACAUGGCUUCUGAGGGAGCAAGGUUACGUCGCCUCUUUGCCUGGUUUGACCCUGAAAGUGUUGCGGUGCUCACCAUCCUGUUGGGGCUGUUCCAGGUGCUGUUCUCUGCCCCGUUUGCUUACAUUGACCAAAGUUUUCCAAAACUCUUCAUACUGCCACUAGUCUUAGGAAUUGUGGUUAUGGCAGGGGGGUCCUUCACAAUGGCCAAUGAAAAGAACCCUAGCAGACUACUACUUCAAGGUUGUGUCUGCAGCAAUGUGGUUGGUCUGUUGGGGACGUUGCUUGCUUUCGGCCUGUAUUACUACACCCUCCACACAUCACACAGCAAAGUCACAUGCUUGGAUGACCAUUAUAAUGGCUACUCGAGGGUUUGCCUCCCACAACUACUGGCAGACUACUCCUGGAGUGUGACGCUGCUGCUGCUGCUCUUUGACACUGGUGCUGUGGUCAUGCACUGUCUCCUCUCUAUCUCCGCCUUCAAAACACUGAAGACAAACUAAGACACGCAAACCAAAACCAUUGUAGUAGUCAUUCAUUCCUGGUGUAAGAAAACUUAAUGGAAUCUGACUUUUCCUUUGCUGACAAGUCAGAAUAUCUACUGAUCCCACCCUCUGUACAAACAACUACUAUCACUAUAUCUUAUGUUUUGUAACCACUGUAUAACAAAGACCCUCAUUAAUAAAUGUGAUUACUGGUUGUUACUGUA